UUCUAGGCCAAAAAACAUACAAAAUUGUUGUUUUUUCCAUAAUUUAUUAUGAUUGACGGGUCAAUGACAGCAGCCGUCUGCGAUAAAUCAUCGUCGUGCUUCCCUCACCCCUUCUUCACGUGACGCCACUGGUUCCACCUGCGGAAGCACCAAUUGUGUCGAGUCCACCUUUUCAGUCGCUCGAACCUUGAAUAUGAAAUAGAAAAACCCGUUUUGGGGCUAUUUUUCUUUCGAAAAAGUCGCGCCAGUGUCCCUACAUUUGACAUCUGUCAAAGUGCAUCGAAUCGUACGAAUGAAACGGCCCGCGAAAUUGGAGAUUUAACGAAAUGUCGCAAAGCAGCGCCGUUUAUCAACCCACAACGGUCACUUACGAGGCCAAUGGCCCCCAGGAGCGGUGGCAGGACCGCCCCAUCAGCUACUUGGCGUCGAUGAGUCAAGCCGCGAGGCGCCCCUGCGGCCUCACCUGCUUACCCCCCCGGAAUCUCCUCCCCGUGGUGCUCAUCACGUCGAGUGUGGCCUCCUUCUCGCUCGGCCUCGUCAUGCUCAUACACGGCGCCAUGGGGUACUCGGACACCCCCGAAGAUAAAGAAGAUCUCUAUCUCAUAAUCACAAUAUUUGGAGCAAUAUUUUUCGCACUAUCAAUACUUCUCUUUGUGUUUUUCAUGCGGCUCACACGCCGGAUUUGUUGGAGAAACGCCAAAGACCAUUUGAAUGGUUCGGGGGGACAAGCCCUUACUGUUAAUCCCUCCACCGAUUUCCUAGUUUCGGCCCAAUACGCCCCUGUCUCGGAAGUGGCCUAUCAGCCGGCGCAGGAAGACACCGAACAAAGUAAAUUAAUGCCGCAGGAAAAUAAAGAGAUUGAAGAUACGGACCGUAUGGUUGAGAGUGACCCCCGGAUUGUUUUACGUCCUUUGAACCCAUCCGCCCAUGAAGAGACUUAAGUCACGUCCACGAUUCUACAUUUGUAUAAAAUGUAUUUUUUAUCUCAUUUUUUUAGUUUUAUACACACUAUCACCGCUUACAUGAUUAAUAACUGUGACGAGAAACGAAUGCUUCCGCUUAAAAAUUAUUUAAAAAAUAUUCGGGGAAACCCCAACCAAGAAAAAUAUCGCACUUGUGUGUAUUGUAGAAAAAAAAAAAAUUACGCUGGUUCGUAAUAUAAAAAAUUCCGUACUUAAAAGACAUGACGACUGCAUUUAUUUAGUUUUAACGUAAUUUAUUUAUAGGUUGUAUGAAAAAAACGGCUGUUUUAAACAAAUUUACAAACAUUCGUUGUACUUAUAAUUUUUCUUAUUAAAUAAAUUUCCGUAACAGAA